AUGGGACCUUUGACCCCUAGUUCCAGAGGUAACGUGUACAUUUUGGUCAUUCAAGACCUUUACACCAAAUGGAUAGAGAUACAGCCUUUAAGAAAAGCUACAGGUCUAACAAUAUCAGCAGCGUUACAGGACUUAGUUAUUAAUCGUUGGGGGUCACCUAAAGUUUUACUUACGGAUAACGGUACCGAAUUUGUAAAUAAUAACAUGAAAGCUUUAGCGACUAAAAUAGGAUUUCGACACAUGACCACUCCACCUUAUCGACCUCAGGCCGACCCUGUCGAACGAGUAAAUCGAGUAGUACGCACCAUGAUAAUCGCAUUUAUAGAAAGAAGUCACCGUGAAUGGGACUUACACCUCCCAGAAUUUCGUUUUGCACACAACACAGCGUACCAUUCCUCAAUCCAAAGUACCCCAGCGUUUCUUAAUUUCGGGCGUGAACCAUCAGCCGCGAUAUCCCUACGCCGAGAAUUAGAAAGAGAGAUGGACAUUGUCCACCAACCCCCACUAACUUGGUCUAAAAGAAUGCAACAGCUUAACGAAUUACGAAGUAGUAUUGUUCACGCUCUAGACAGUGCCUUCCAAAAACAAUCUCUCUAUUAUAACCGCAAACGACGCGACCAACGAUACGAAGUCGGUGAUUUAGUAUGGAAAAAGCAACGCGUGCUAUCGUCCGCAGAUAGACACUUCAUGGCGAAACUAGCAGAUGCAUUUCACGGUCCCUUUAUUGUCACCAAACGAAUAUCAAAUGUAGUUUAUGUUCUAGAGGACCUACAAGGGCAAUCGAUGGGAAAGUUUUCGGUACAAGACCUAAAACCUUACCAUGCACCACUCCAAGAUAAUCCAGAUUAA